CCGGCAUGGAGGACCGCGGCGACUCCGAGCCGACCCCGGGCUGCAGCGGUCUCGGCUCGGCCGGCGUGGGCGGCGGCGGAGGCGCCCACGCAUGGGCCCCCGAGGACGCCUGGAUGGGUACCCAUCCUAAGUAUUUAGAAAUGAUGGAGUUAGAUAUAGGAGAUGCCACCCAAGUUUAUAUAGCAUUCUUGGUUUACCUGGACCUCAUGGAGAGUAAAAGUUGGCAUGAAGUAAACUGUGUGGGAUUGCCGGAUCUCCAGCUCAUCUGCCUUGUCGGUACUGAGAUAGAAGGAGAAGGGUUACAGACUGUGGUACCCACACCCAUCAGUGCUUCCCUCAGCCAUAACAGGAUAAGGGAGAUCUUGAAGGCAUCUCGAAAAUUGCAAGGUGAUCCAGAUUUGCCGAUGUCUUUUACUUUGGCCAUAGUGGAGUCUGAUUCCACAAUAGUCUAUUAUAAACUUACUGAUGGAUUUAUGCUGCCAGAUCCUCAGAAUAUUUCUCUUAGAAGAUGACAUCUAUACUCUCCGGUGCUUACUUUAUUCAUUCAAGAUUGGAUUUGAGACCCUCAGCCUGCUUCAUCUUUCAUCUCAGAGAUAGUCAGGGUUGACUUAGCUGGUCGCAUUCCAUAAGUUUUCUUUUUGAAGAAUAAAACUUUCCCAGAUAGAAUUUUUUUUUGUUCAAAAAUAUAGGGUAGUUGCUCUAGAACUUUCUUAUCUGGAGACAGUUUAAUUACAGUUGUAUACAAGUUUAUGCCUAGGAUGUGUUCAAAGGGGUGGAACACAUGUGCUUCUUCUGUCACCCCCCACUCAUAGCUGCCUCAUUGUUCACUACUGCCACUGCUAGAUUGUUGAGCCUGCCACCUCCUUCCCGUACUCAACCCUCCCAGUGCAUUAUGGCCACUACAGUUAUCCUGGAAUGGCACUGCAUACACCUUGACACCUGGAGAGUUUACUUCAGUCUGCUUUUUCAUCCCCUGUAGAAAGUAAAAGUUUUCUUUCAAUUGGUUUUCAUGUUGCAAUUACUGUUACUUCCCUUUUUGAUUAACUUUAAGUCAAAACUAAAAAUGUACUCAUCCAGAAUGUAAAAUUACAUGUCUAGAUUAAUAGGGACCAGAGAAGUGCUACCUACAGGACUAUUGGACCAAACUUGCCAUUCUUAUUACCACCACCCUUAUUAUAUUAUAACUACAAUGUUACAGGAGAGAGAGUAGGGGGACAGUGGGAGCCUUAAAAACAUCUUUAUUAAGUAGACCCAGUUAUUCCACUUUUGUUAAUACCUCCCAAUUAAGUUGCCUAAACUACAAAAAAUUAUAUGCACGAAGAUGUUCGAAAUGACAUUACUCAUAAUAGCCCAAAUUAUAAAUCAGUUAAAAGUUUAAGGCAGGGAUCAGCAAACUUUUUCUGUAAAGGGCCAGAAAGGAAAUAUUUUAGGCCUUGCAGGAUCUCGUCUCACAACUUCUCAAUUCUGCAGUUUGUAGUACAAAAAGAACCAUAGACAAUAUGUAAAGAAAUGGGCAUGGCUGCGUUCCAAUAAAACUUUACGUACAAAUGCAGAGCCAUAGUUUGCCAACCCCUGGUCAAGGGAAAUAGUCAAUAAACAUAUAUAGCCAAUGAAUGGUACAUUACGUACUCACUAAAAAUUAGUAAUGAAUAUAAUGAAAAACAUGAGAAAAUAUUUAGGGGGAAAAAAGGAAGAUACAAAAGUGUAUGAAUGGGUAUGAUUAUAGCUGUAAAUAACACACCAAACAUGUAAUAAAAAGAUGACAAAAGAAACUACUGUGGUUAUAAUAGGAUGGCAGGGCAGUAAAUGGAUGACUUUGUCUUUCUUCAAUAUUUCAAUUUUUCUUUAUUUGUAUUACUUUUAUAAUAAAAGUGUUUUAAAAUAAAGUGUCUUGAAAUCUAUAUUAGCUAUCUAUUGUUGCAUAAUAGUAUUACCACAAACUUAGCAGCUUAAAACAGCACACAUUUAAUAUCUCAAAGUUGGGUCC